AUGGGCUCAUCCCUACCUGAACUCAAGAGUUAUGGAGUCGAAUGUCGGGGAAUCCAGAUCCUUCGUCUCCUAAGUGGAUUUUACAGUGAGCAUCAAUGCGAGAGGAGCGACGAAAAUUUGAAAUCACUGGUUGAAAAGAUCGUAGAGGAAAUUAUGGAGGAAGCAGAUUGUAUUGUCUUUAUCACUGAUUCCAUUUAUCGGACACUAUUAGACAUCGUACACGUACAAAGUGCAUCGAUUUUAUCGAAAUAUGAGAUCGUAUUACGCGAAAAUGAACAAUUUUUCCGGCCGAGAAAACCAAUUCGACGAAUUUUAAGCGACAGCAAGGCCGUCGGCUGCAACGCAUACGUUAUCCUGAUUGCUAAUGGUUUUUUGACGUCUGAGUUUUUGCAAUAUGCAGAAAACGAACGUCUAAUUGACACACAUGGAUUAUUCCUGUUAUUGUACGAUCAUCAUUUGUUUCUACCGAAUUUACACUAUCUUUGGAACAGAAUAAUUAACGUGGUAUUCAUACGUCAGUACAAUAUAUACAAGCAUCGUUCUGGUGAAAAGACAUCUGAUGAAAGAAUUGAUCUAGACACUGUUUAUUUUCCUUCUCACGGAAACACAUAUACUACUAAAUACAUAGAUACUUGGUACCGGGGCAAGUUGCGUUAUGGCACAAAGCAUUUUACAACAAAGACUGCAAAUUUGCAGAAAAAACAUUUAAGGAUUGCUGUGUUUGAGCACAUUCCAUCAGUAAUGAAGAAAUCAAGAGCUUAUUACAAUAAGCGACCAAACAACAAUACAGAUGCCUUGGGUAUAGAAUUUGAAUUAAUACAGAUCAUAUCAAAAGCCAUGAAUUUCAAGCCAAAGUAUUAUAUGCCACACAACAUUGAUUCUGAAAAAUGGGGAACAACAGGAGAUAAUGAAACGUACACAGGUCUUACAAAUGAAGCCAUACAAGGGAAAGCUGCAUUUUAUUUGGGUGAUUUACAUUAUACACUGCAUCAUUUGACUUAUUUUGACUUGACCAUUCCAUAUAACACAGAAUGCCUCACUUUUCUGACACCAGAGUCUUUAACAGAAAAUUCGUGGAUGCUUUUAAUACUUCCGUUUAAACUCUACACCUGGAUUGCAUUAAUUUUUACUUUAAUCUUGGGAGGUAUUGCAUUUCAUUUCUUAUCAAUUUUUUAUAAAAAAUAUAUAAGUUUAUACAAGAAUAAAAUGCAUAUUCAGACUACAUUCAUGAAGAAAGAGGGAAAAGGUCUGUAUUUGUUCACUGAAGUACAAAACAGUAUAUUAUACACUUAUGGUAUGCUACUUCAAGUUUCAUUACCCAAUUUGCCAAGUCCUUGGGCAGUACGAGUAUUUAUUGGUUGGUGGUGGAUCUACAGUAUUCUAGUUGCAGUUGCGUAUCGAGCUAGCAUGACUGCAACUCUUGCAAAUCCUGCUGCCAGAGUUACCAUCGAUACAUUGGCACAACUUGCCAAAAGUUCUAUCGAAGUUGGAGGAUGGAACAAAGAAGGCAAAGAGUUUUUCUUAAUAUCAUCAGACUCUGAUAGUCAAGAAAUUGGUAAGAAGUUUCAGUUGAUUUUGAAUCAAGAAGAAGCAAUCGAAAAGGUGGCAAAUGGAUCUUUCUCAUACUAUGAGAAUUCCUAUUUUCAUCGCUACGCCCGUGUGAAAAGGCAAAUACUUGAAAAAGAACAAAAAGAAAACAGAACUACAAUGAACAUGUCCUUAAAACAUAACUUGCACAUUAUGGAAGAGUGUGCUAUAAAUAUGCCUGUAGCUCUUGGUAUGGAAAAGAAUUCCCCAUUGAAACCACAUGUUGAUACUUUGAUAAGGCGUGUAAUAGAAACAGGAUUAGUUGAAAAAUGGUUGAGUGAUGUUAUGGAAUGGUCAAAGAUCACAGAAAUACGACAAGAAACUGAAUCUGAAAAGGCACUAGUCAACCUUCAUAAGUUACAAGGUGCCUUUAUUGCAGUUGUAGCCGGUUAUAUAUUAGCUUUCAUAGUACUAAUAGGAGAAAUAUUAUAUUGGAAACAUGUUAUCUUAAAGGAUCCAAAGUUUGACAAGUACCAUUUAGACAUAUUUUAUAAUAUUCCAGCUAACGCUAAAUUCAAAUCAUCAAUUUAA